UUCUGCUGAUCAAAGUCCAGCCGCUGGGCUGCUGCUCUCAAAUUCCCGGACUCAGUAGGCUGGAGUGGUCUCCCUCUUGCCCGGCGAGCUGGGAGGCUGCGGAGGAACUGAGGAACAUGUCCUCACGUUUUCUCUGCGCUUUUGUUACUUUCUUGAUGAUAGCCGAAUUGGAUGGCGAAGCUGGGGCGCUUGAACAGAAGCGACAGAAGAGGGUCCUUGAUCUCCACCAGCCUCGGAUGACCUCGGAGGGGGGGAAUUUAGUGUUUCUCACAAGCUCCCAAAACAUUGAAUUUAGAACUGGAUCUCUGGGGAAAGUCAAAUUAAAUGAUGAAGACCUCGGCGAAUGUUUACACCAGAUCCAGAGAAACAAAGAUGCUAUUAUAGACUUAAAAAAGAAUACAACUGGCCUUCCUCAAAAUAUACUUACUCAAGUCCAGCAGCUUAACUCCAAGCUCGUGGAUCUUGAGAGAAAUUUUCAAAGUUUACAGCAGAGCGUGGAGAGAAAGGUUUGCAGUAGCAAUCCCUGCCGAAAUGGUGGCACCUGUGUCAAUCUGCACAACUCCUUCUUUUGUGUCUGUCCUGCGCAGUGGGAGGGUCUUCUCUGCUCAGACGAUGUUAACGAGUGUGCAGUUUACUCAGGAUCACCCUUUGGCUGCCAGAGUGGGUCCACCUGUGUGAAUACAAUAGGGAGUUUCAGAUGUGACUGCACACCUGAUACGUAUGGACCUCUGUGUGUAUCUAAAUAUAACGACUGUGAACAAGGCUCUCGGCAGCUCUGUAAACAUGGCAUCUGUGAGGACUUAGUGCGAGUGCAGCAUGGACAGCCAAAUUUUCACUGCAUCUGUGAUGCUGGGUGGACAACGCCGCCAAAUGGUAUUGCCUGCACAGAGGACAAAGAUGAAUGCAGCCUCCAGCCUUCGCCUUGUUCAGAACAGGCGCAGUGUUUCAACACACAAGGCUCCUUCUACUGUGGGGCCUGCCCGAAAGGCUGGCAUGGAAAUGGUUAUGAAUGCCAUGACAUCAAUGAAUGUGAGAUAAACAAUGGCGGCUGUUCCACGGCUCCACUUGUCCCCUGUCACAACACGCCUGGAUCUUUUGCCUGUGGGAACUGUCCGCCAGGUUUCAGCGGCGAUGGGAGAGUGUGCAAUCCCUUGGACAUUUGCUCGAUCCAUAACGGAGGCUGCCACCCCGAUGCGACCUGCUCCUCAUCUCCUGGCCUAGGAUCCUUCUUGCCUCUCUGCACCUGUCCUCCUGGAUAUACAGGAAAUGGUUACGGGCCUAAUGGAUGUGUACAACUCAGUAAUAUUUGCUCAAGUAACCCGUGUGUAAACGGACAAUGCAUAGAAACAGUGUCUGGUUACUUCUGUAAGUGUGACUCAGGCUGGUCUGGAGCCAACUGCACAGAAAACAUUAAUGAGUGCCUGAGCAGCCCCUGUUUGAAUGGCGGCACCUGUAUUGAUGGCGUCAACAGCUUCACUUGUGAUUGCCCGAGCUCCUGGACUGGGUAUUUCUGUCAGAUUCCCCAGCGAGCUUGUGGAGGGGUCCUCUCAGGGACACAAGGAACCUUUGCUUACCGGAGCCCUGACGAUACCUAUGUUCAUGAUGUUAACUGCUUCUGGGUUGUCAGAACUGAUGAGGAUAAGGUUGUGCACGUCACCUUCACAUUUCUCAACUUAGAAUCAGCAAAUAAUUGCCCCAGAGAGUAUCUUCAGAUUCACGAUGGAGAUUCCUCAGCAGGUUUCCCACUUGGGAGAUACUGUGGCUCAGAGCUCCCCCAGGGGGUCCACAGCAGCGGCAACUCUCUCUAUUUUCAUCUCUACUCUGAAUACAUAAAAGGCGGGAGAGGCUUUACAGCAAGGUGGGAGGCGCAGAAGCCAGAAUGUGGUGGCAUAAUCACUGGUAAUUAUGGUUCUAUUACAUCUCCGGGGUACCCUGGAAACUACCCCCCAGGAAGAGAUUGUGUCUGGCACAUUCUAGCCAGUCCUGGCUCCUUGAUAACAUUUACCUUUGGAACCUUGAGUCUGGAGAGCCACGAUGACUGCAGCAAAGAUUAUUUGGAGAUUCGAGAUGGUCCUUUCCAUCAAGACCCUGUUCUUGGGAAAUUCUGCACUUCUCUGUCCACCCCACCACUCCAGACUACAGGACCCGCUGCCAGGAUUCAUUUCCAUUCUGACGCCGAGAUUUCUGACAAAGGCUUUCAUAUCACCUAUCUAACCACACAGUCGGAUCUGCCCUGUGGCGGGAACUACACAGACCCCGAGGGUGAGCUCCUCCUUCCUCCCCUGACUGGACCUUUCAGUCACGACAGACAGUGUGUCUAUCUCAUCACACAGCCCAAAGGAGAGCAAAUAGUCAUCAACUUCACCCACGUGGAGCUGGAGAGCCAGAUGGGAUGUUCUCACACUUACAUUGAGGUUGGAGACCAUAGCAGCUUACUUCGAAAGAUCUGUGGCAACGAAACCCAGUUUCCCAUUAGAUCAAUUUCUAAUAAUGUCUGGAUCAGAUUGAGAAUAGACCCUUUAGUCCAGAAAGCUAGUUUCAGAGCUGACUAUCAAGUUGCUUGUGGGGGUGAAGUAAGAGGAGAAGGAGUCAUUCGCUCACCUUUUUAUCCUAAUGCAUAUCCUGGACAAAGAACCUGUAGGUGGACCAUCUCCCAACCCCCAAGACAAGUUGUUCUUCUCAACUUCACUGACUUCCAGACUGGAAGUUCUGCCUCCUGUGAUACUGAUUACAUUGAGAUUGGUGCCAGUUCUGUCUUGGGAUCUCCUGGAAAUGAGAAGUUUUGUGGCACAAAAGUACCAUCAUUUAUAACAUCUGUGUAUAAUGUUUUUUAUGUCACAUUUGUGAAAAGCUCUUCUAUGGAAAAUCGUGGCUUCACAGCUAAAUUCAGUGCUGACAAUUUAGAAUGUGGAGAAGUUCUCACAGCACCAACAGGAAUCAUUGAAAGUCCUGGUCAUCCAAAUGUUUACCCAAGUGGUGUAAAUUGUACUUGGCAUAUAGUAGUCCAGCGUGGCCAACUGAUUCGUUUGGAGUUCAAUUCAUUUUACCUGGAGUUUCAUUACAGCUGCACAAAAGACUACCUGGAAAUUUAUGACACUGUUGAUCAGAAAUUUCUCGGGAGAUAUUGUGGAAAAUCCAUCCCGCCUUCCCUUACCAGCAGUUCGCAUUCAAUAAAGCUGAUAUUUGUGUCUGACUCAGCUCUUGCCCAUGAAGGCUUUUCAAUCAAGUAUGAAGCAAUUGCUGCCUCGGCAGUGUGCUUAGAAGACUAUACAGAUAAUUUUGGAAGGCUCACCUCCCCAAACUUCCCUAAUAACUACCCCAAUAACUGGGAAUGCAUCUACAGGAUCACAGUGGGUAUCAACCAUCAGAUUGCAUUGCAUUUCACAGACUUCGACUUGGAGGAUUACUUUGGGUCAGAGUGUGCAGAUUUUGUGGAAAUCAGAGAUGGAGGCUACGAAACUUCAAAACUCCUUGGACGUUACUGUGGCUCAGUUUUACCUCCUCAGAUCAUCUCUCACAGUAACAAGCUCUGGCUAAAGUUUAAGAGUGACCCAGCGCUUACCGAAAGGGGUUUCUCAGCUUACUGGGAUGGAUCGUCAACAGGCUGUGGAAGCAAUCUCACCACCCCCACAGGGGUGCUCACAUCCCCCAACUACCCGAUGCCCUAUUACCAUAGCUCUGAAUGCUACUGGUGGCUGAAAGCCAGCCAAGGCAGCCCUUUCCAGCUGGAAUUCCAAGACUUCCACCUGGAGCAUCACCCCAGCUGCUCUCUGGAUUACUUGGCCGUGUAUGAUGGUCCGAGUACCGGCUCCCAUCUGGUGAAUAAACUCUGUGGGGAUACAAUACCUGCUCCCAUCCGUUCCAGUACAGACAGCGUGUUGUUGAAAUUGAGGACAGAUGAAGGUCAACAAGGACGUGGCUUUGAGAUCAAAUACUGGCAGACAUGUGACAAUGUAGUAAUAGUGAAUAAAACCUCUGGCAUCCUGGAGAGCAUAAAUUUCCCAAAGCCCUAUGAUAAUAACCUGCGUUGUAACUGGACCAUCCAAGCGACAACAGGCAACACUGUGAACUACACAUUCCUGGAAUUUGAUGUGGAAGAUUUCAGGAACUGCUCUACAGAUUAUUUAGAGCUCUAUGACGGACCACAACGGAUGGGACGCUACUGUGGAACAAAUCUCCCCCCAUCAGGGGCUACCACAGGCUCCAAGCUUCAUGUACUGUUCCAUACAGAUGGGGUUCCAUCAGGGGAGAAAGGAUUUAAGAUGCAGUGGUUCAUUCAUGGUUGUGGAGGGGAGAUGUCUGGAGCCAGGGGCUCCUUCAGCAGCCCUGGGUACCCUAGCAGCUAUCCUAGCAACAAGGAGUGUAUCUGGAGCAUCCGAGUGGCCCCAGGGAGUAGCAUUCAGCUCACCAUCCAUGACUUUGAUGUGGAAUACCAUUCAACCUGCAAUUUUGAUGCCCUGGAGAUCUACACAGGUCUUGAUUUUCACUCUCCAAGAAUAGCCCAAUUGUGUUCCCGAUCAGCAUCAGUGAGCCCCAUGCAGGUCUCCAGCACUGGAAAUGAAUUAGCAAUCCGCUUUAAAACGGACAGCUCUUUAAAUGGGAGAGGUUUCAAUGCCUCAUGGCAAGCAGUCCCUGGAGGUUGUGGUGGGAUUUUACAGAUUCCCAGAGGAGAGAUUCAUUCUCCAAAUUACCCCAAUAGCUACAGAGAUAACACUGAGUGUUCUUGGCUCAUUCAAGUUGAAAAACAUCACCGUGUUCUUCUGAACAUUACUGAUUUUGACCUUGAAGCCACAGAUUCUUGUAUUACGACGUAUGAUGGCUCAAGUUCUGCAAACACCCGUGUCGCCAGAGUAUGUGGAAGACAGCACCCACCUAACUCCAUCAUCUCUACAGAAAACAGCCUCUUUGUGAGGUUCCAGUCUGGAUCUUCCAGACAGAGCAGGGGCUUCCUGGCUCAGUUCAGGCAAGAGUGUGGAGGCCACAUCAUCACUGACUCUUCUGAUACGAUCUCCUCUCCAUUGUUCCCUGAAAGAUAUCCACACAAUCAAAACUGUACCUGGAUACUCGAAGCUCAACCUCCAUUCAAUCAUAUUACUCUCUCCUUCAUGCACUUUCAACUUCAAAGCAACAUAAAUUGCACACGGGACUUUGUAGAAAUUUUGGAUGGCAAGGACCAUGAUGCACCUGUUCGAGGCCGUUAUUGUGGUACUUCCCUGCCUCAACCCAUCAGAUCAUUUGGCAGUGCCCUGACAGUGAGGUUUGUCUCUGAUUCUGUAGGCAAUUUUGAUGGUUUUCAGGCCACCUAUUCUGCAUCAGUAUCAGCUUGUGGUGGAACUCUCCACAUGGCUGAUGGCAUCUUCAACAGCCCUAGCUACCCAGCUGAAUAUCAACCUAAUGUGGAAUGUGUCUGGAACAUUGUCAGCUCCCCUGAAAACAAGCUGCAGCUAUCCUUUCUAUCCUUCCAGUUGGAGAAUUCGAUAAACUGUUACAAGGAUUUUGUGGAAAUCCGAGAAGGAAAUGCCACGGGCCACUUACUGGGACGAUACUGUGGAAACUCCCUCCCUUCCAAUUAUUCUUCUAUCAAGGGACAUAGUCUGUGGAUCAGAUUUGUCUCUGAUGGCUCAGGCAGUGGCAUGGGCUUCCAGGCCAGGUUCAAUAAUAUAUUUGGCAAUGAUAAUAUUGUUGGAACUCAUGGGAAAAUUGCAUCUCCCUUGUGGCCUGGACAUUACCCCCACCACUCCAAUUACAGAUGGAUAGUCAACGUGAACGCCUCUCAAAUUAUCCACGGCAGAAUCUUGGAGAUGGACAUAGAAUUGACAUCAAACUGCUAUUACGACAAAUUACAGAUUUAUGAUGGGUUUGACACUCAUUCCCGCCUGCUUGGCACUUACUGUGGUACCCAGCUGGAAUCCUUUAGCUCCAGUAGGAACUCACUGACAUUCCACUUUUCUUCUGACUCUACCAUCUCAGGGAAGGGAUUCCUUCUGGAGUGGUUUGCAGUGGAUGUUUCUAAUGGAACUGUUCCUGCCAUUGCUACAGGUGCUUGUGGAGGGUAUAUGACGACAGGAGAUGCUCCUGGCUUUUUUUUCUCCCCGGGCUGGCCUGGGCAGUACGGUAAUAGUGCUGAUUGUACAUGGAUCAUUUAUGCUCCCGAUUCUACUGUGGAACUCAACAUUCUCUCCAUGGACAUUGAAUUUCAGCUUAACUGUUCCUAUGACAAGCUCAUCAUAAGAGAUGGAGACAAUAACUUCAACCAGCCACUGGCUGUCCUGUGUGGCAAAGAUAUUCCUGGGCCUAUCCGGUCAACUGGAGAGUACAUGCACAUCCGCUUCAUCUCAGAUGCCAACAUCCCUCGAGCAGGCUUCAAUGCCUCCUUUCACAAGAGCUGUGGUGGCUAUUUGCAUGCAGACAGAGGGACUAUCACAUCCCCCAAGUACCCAGAUACCUACAUUCCUAAUCUCAACUGUUCCUGGCACAUUCGGGUCCAGAGUGGUCUGACCAUUGCCGCCCAUUUUGAGCAGCCUUUCCAGAUUCAAAAUAGAGACGCUUCGUGCAGCCAAGGGGAUUACCUGGUGGUAAGAAAUGGGCCAGAUAACCGUUCUCCACCCUUGGGACCUCCUGGAGGAAAUGGUCGCUUCUGUGGAGUUUAUACUCCAUCAACUCUGUUCACCUCAGACAAUGAAAUGUUUGUUCAGUUCAUUUCUGAUAAUAGUAAUGGUGGACAAGGAUUUAAGAUCAGAUAUGAGGCAAAAAGUGUAGCCUGUGGGGGCAGGAUCUACGUCCAUGGUGCUGACUCUGAUGGAUAUGUUACCUCCCCCAACUACCCUGCUAAUUAUCCCCAGCACGCUGAAUGCAUUUGGAUUUUAGAGGCGCCUCCGGGGAAAAGCAUACAGCUCCAAUUUGAAGAUCAAUUCAAUAUUGAAGAAACACCCAGCUGUUCUUCAAGUUACCUGGAAUUGCGUGACGGAGCUGACUCAAACGCCCCGGUGCUUUCCAAAUUGUGUGGGCACUCUUUGCCUCACAGCAGGGUGUCCUCAAGAGAACUUAUGUACUUGAAAUUCCAGACUAACGGUGGUUCCGGCUACAUAGGAUUCAAGGCCAAGUACUCCACAGCUCCAUGUGGAGGAACAGUCUCAGGAAAGAGUGGAGUCAUCCAGAGCACUGGGCACCCAACCCUUCCUUAUGGAAACAAUUUGUUUUGUCAGUGGCAUAUCCGGGGCCUCCCAGGACACUACCUCACCAUCCAUUUUGAAGAUUUUCACCUGCAGAGUUCCCCUGGUUGUACAAAAGACUAUGUAGAGAUCUUGGAAAACAAAACCUCUGAAAAUGUUUUGGGCAGAUACUGUGGAGACUCCAUUCCUAGCAGUGUCGAAACUUCUAGCAAUGUUGCUUCAGUCAGGUUUGUCACUGAUGACUCUGUCACUGCCUCAGGAUUUAGGCUGCAGUUUAAGUCCAGCAGUGAAGUGUGUGGUGAGAACUUACAUGGCCCUGCUGGCACAUUUACUUCUCCCAACUACCCAAACCCAAAUUACCAUGCCUGGUUGUGCGAGUGGACCAUCACUGUACAAGAAGGAAGGCGGAUCAUCCUAACUUUUACCAACUUGAGGCUGAGCACCCACCCGUCCUGCGACAAUGAGCACCUCAUAGUAUUCAAUGGCAUUAGAAGUAACUCACCCCAACUGCAGAAGCUGUGCAGCCGAGUGAGUGUAACCAGUGAGUUCAAAUCUUCAGGAAACACAAUGAAAGUCCUGUAUUUCACUGAUGGAUCCCAGCCGUUUGGAGGCUUCACUGCUUCCUACACCUCCGAUGAAGACGCAGUGUGCGGUGGAUCUCUUCCAAGUGUCUCUGGUGGAAACUUUUCUUCUCCUGGCUUCAAUGGAAUCCGUGACUAUGCAAGAAACCUAGACUGUGAAUGGACUCUCAGUAAUCCGAAUAGGGAAAAUUCAUCAAUUAUCAUUAAUUUUCUAGAAUUUUCAAUUGAAAAUCAUCAAGAUUGCAUAUUUGAUGUCCUAGAGUUUCGAGUAGGUGAUGCUGAUGGGCCUCUGAUAGAGAAGUUCUGCAGCCUGUCCGCACCAGCGAUACCCUUGGUUGUCCCCUACCCUCAGGUGUGGAUACACUUCGUUUCCAAUGAGCGUGUUGAAUACACUGGAUUCUACAUAGAGUACUCCUUUACAGAUUGUGGUGGAAUACAGACAGGUGAAAACGGAGUGUUCUCAAGUCCUAACUAUCCAAAGUUUUAUAACAGAUGGACCCACUGCUCAUGGCUGCUGGAAGCCCCAGAAGGGCACACCAUCACUCUCACAUUUAGUGACUUUCAGAUUGAGGAGCAUUCAACCUGCUCUGGGGACUCGGUCAUAGUCAGGAAUGGUGGUUUCCCUGAGUCACCCAUCAUUGGAAAGUACUGUGGGUGGUCAGUGCCUCCGCCAGCACAGUCUGGUUCCAACAAGCUUAUGGUGACUUUUAGCACAAACCGCCAAGUGCAAAGCCGUGGAUUUUAUGCAACAUGGAGCACAAGCACUUUAGGCUGUGGUGGAACAUUCCAUUCAGACAAUGGUACGAUCAAAUCGCCUCAUUGGCCUCAGACAUACCCUGCAAACAGCAGAUGCUCCUGGAGAGCCAUCACUCAUGAAAGCAAACACUGGGAGAUUAGCUUUGAUAGCAAUUUCCGAAUCCCCAGCAGUGACAGCCAGUGUCGGCACAGCUUUGUGAAGGUCUGGGAAGGAACCUUGGAGGCCAACAAUACCCUGUUAGCCACAGGCUGUGGGGAUGUGGCUCCCAGACCCUUUGUCACAUCAGGAAACAUAUUCACUGCUGUCUUCCAGUCUAUGGAGAUGCCAGCCCAGGGCUUCUCUGCAUCCUUCCUAAGCCGAUGUGGACGUAGUUUCAGCAGCCCUACAGGUGUUAUUGUCUCGCCAAACUUUCCAAAGCACUAUGACAACAACAUGAACUGUACCUACUUCAUAAAUGUGGCACCUCAGUCUCUGAUCAUCCUGACUGUUGUGUCCUUCCAUUUGGAAGAUCGCUCAGACAUCACUGGAAACUGUGAUCAUGAUGGCUUGCACAUCUUCAAAGGUCACAGCCUCUCUUCCACGCCUCUUGCAACCAUAUGUGGUUCUGAGACCUUGCGUCCCCUCACUGUGGAUGGCCCAGUGUCACUCAACUUCUAUUCUAAUGCAUACGUCACAGACUUUGGGUUCAAGAUUUCCUACAGAGUCACCAGCUGUGGUGGAAUCUACAACGCAUCCUCUGGGAUCAUCAGAAGUCCUUCCUUCCUCUUCGGCAAUUAUCCCAACAAUGUCUACUGUGUCUACAGCAUAAACGUUAGAAGGGACAGAGUAAUUCUGCUUAGGUUCAAUGAUUUUGAGGUGGUUCCCUCCGCCCUCUGCAGUCGUGACUACCUGGAGGUUUUUGAUGGUAUCAGCAUUGGAAAUAAGUCAUUUGGAAAGAGGUGUGGUUCCACCGUUCCACAAACUAUUAAGAGCACCAAUAACAGCCUGACCCUGCUCUUCAAGACAGAUUCUUCUCAAACAGCAAGAGGUUGGAAAGUAUAUUUCCGAGAGACAAUAGGACCACAGCAUGGAUGUGGUGGGUACCUGACAGAGGACAACCACAGCUUUGUCUCUCCUGAUUCUGAUUCGAACGGUUACCAUGACAAAGGUCUGUACUGCAUAUGGCACAUAAUCGCACCUGAAAACAAGCUCAUUAACCUCACCUUCAAUCAGUUUUCACUGGAGGCAGCAUUUUUGCGUUGCUUCGAUUAUGUUCAGAUAUUUGAUGGUGCAAGCAUAACUUCAAAUUCAGGUGGAAUAUUUUGUGGUACCCGAAUACCUGCCCCUUUUAUCUCUUCUGGCAACUUUCUUACGGUUCACUUUGUCUCCGACUUAACGUUUGAAAAAGAAGGAUUUAAUGCAACAUAUACCUUUGUCGACAUGCCUUGUGGGGGAACGCAUAAUGCAACUUUUGCACCACAAAACGCUUCAUCCCCUCGUUUGUCAAACAUCAGACGUCCAUAUUCCACCUGUACUUGGGUCAUUGAAGCUCCUCCACAAAAACUGAUCCAGAUAAUUGUGUCGGAAUUACGGCUGCCCUCACAAGACUGCUCCGAGAGCUACCUAGAGCUUCAGGACUCACCACAGGGUAGCGGAAACCCAGUGACUCAGUUCUGUGGCGCAAACUUUACAACCUUGCCAGUGUUCUAUUCUUCAACAAGUACUGCAGUUGUCAUUUUCAAAUCUCACGUUUUAAACGCAAACUCCCAAGUACAUUUCACCUAUCAGAUUGCAGAUUGCAACAGAGAAUACAACCAACCAUUUGGUAAUCUGCAGAGUCCUGGGUGGCCUCAAAAUUAUGAUAAUAACCUGAACUGCACCAUUAUUCUCAGAGCCCCGCAGAACCACAGCAUUUCCCUCUUUGUCUAUUGGUUUCAUCUGGAAGAUUCAUUACACUGCACACGUGAUUUCUUGGAGAUAAGAAAUGGCAGCAGCGGCAGCUCACAGGUGCUUGACAGGAGCUGUGGAACGGUACUGCCAGCCCCUAUCUUCUCUCGAAGCAAUGAACUGUACCUGUGGUUUCAUAGCGAUGAUGCAAACACCUUCCCCGGGUAUGACAUUGUCUGGACCUCCUCUCCAUCCGGCUGUGGAGGGACUCUUAUGGGUGACCACGGUAUAUUCAGCAGCCCUGACUAUCCUCAGGCCUACCCAAACAACACACAUUGUGAAUGGACCAUCAUUGCUCCUUCUGGAAGGCCUCUUAGCCUCGGGUUUCUCUUUGUCAGCAUCGACCCUCCAGGCGGCUGUGACCACAACUACCUCAUACUCUAUAAUGGUCCAGACGACCGCUCGCCACCCUAUGGACCAUUCUGCGGAAUAGACAUCAACAUAGCCCCUUUUAGGGCCUCAUCAAGUCAGGUCUUCGUAAGAUUUCAUGCUGAGUAUACGACAACUAUUUCGGGAUUUGAGAUACAUUGGGAGACCUGAAUCAGCCGUGUGGCCCUGCCCAGAACUGUGCCUUUCUCAUCCCAUCCCCUGCGCCAUCAAACAUGGCCUGAACUUCUGCGCCCUUAUCAGAGACAGUGUGGGACCAAUUUUGUACAUUCAGUGUUCUGAAGACAGAGCCUGGCUUUGUUCACCUCAGCGGCACAUACCAUUCUUACUGGACAUACCACUUGGCUGACCUUUUUUAAAAAGUUCCUUAAAGGGUUUUCCUGGCAUAUUGAUGUACAUUGUUAAAAGUCAGGGAUAUAAAUAGGUGUAUUGUUUCUACAACAAAAGUCAAAGGAGGGGUAAUAAACAUUACUGAAAACCA